AUGGCGUUUAAAUCUAUAUUUAGUGUUUUGGUUAUUUUUGGUUUGGUUUUAUGCGUUGGCGCUAUUCCAGACGUUUUGAGGUAUUGCAAUUUUAAUGAGAUUUACCAACUUGGUGAUUCAAUUAGCGAUACUGGAAAUCUUAUUAGAGAGUAUCCUGUUGGGGUCUCCACGAACUUCACAAGGCUGCCGUACGGCCAAACGUUCUUUGAGGAAGCCACAGGGCGGCUUUCUAAUGAUCGACUAUAUUGGUAAGAUCAAUACUAAAUUGUUUUUGUUAAUUAUUAUACCAUGUCUGCUGGCCUUCCUUUGCUUCCACCUUACAAAAAUAUGGGGACUGGUUUUGGGAACGGAGUAAACUUUGCCGUGGCUGGUUCCACCGCGUUACCGUCUGAGACGUUGGCUGCUCUUAACAUAACAAAUCCGGUGACGAAUAGUUCACUUAGCGUCCAGUUGGAUUGGAUGGAGUCCUACUUCAAUUCCAUAUGUGUUGAUAAGAGAGAUUGUUGGAAGAAACUCCAAAGGGCACUGUUCAUGGUGGGAGAAACCGGUGGGAACGAUUACAAUUACGCCAUCUUUCAAGGAAAACAAAUAAAGGAAUUGAAAAGCAUGGUUCCUCAAGUGGUUGAAGCCGUGAUUAAUGGAACUAAGAUGAUUCAGUGA